ACGAAUAUAACACAAAAUCGGCAUAAACACGGAUUUGGCAGGCCCACCUUCCCCAAAGCACAAACUAUCAGACCACCACAACAGUCUCACACAGAGAAUUACAGAAACCUCCCUCCCACUGUUCCGAUCACCAUUUUCUCACUCCUAGGGUUUCAGUUCAGCUCAGAUAGCUCCAUCUUCAACCUCCAGUGCUCCACAAAGCUCAAUUCUUCCAGCUCCAAAUGUCUUUAGAUUCGCCACCGCACUACGGCACACAUCCUUCCACUACCGCCUCGCCCGAACCCUUCUCACGCGCCAGAACCACGACCCAGUCCUUCUUCGCAACGCGCCGCCCAUGGCUCGAGCUCGUCUAUCCCCUCUCCAGCUUCACGCGCCCCUACACCUUCGGCGAAGCCACCGUCCGAAUCAAGCGCAACCUCGGCCACUUCAGCGUAAACUACACGAUGCUCGUCCUCUUUGUCCUCUUCCUCAGCCUCCUCUGGCACCCAGUCUCCCUCAUUGUCUUCCUCCUCGUCUUCAUCGCCUGGUUCUUCCUCUACUUCUUCCGCGACGAACCGCUCGUAAUUUUCCACCGAAUCGUCGACGACCGCGUCAUUUUGGGGAUUCUCGCCGUCGUCACCGUCGUGGCUCUGGUUUUCACGCACGUGUGGCUGAACGUGCUGGUGUCGAUUCUGAUUGGGGUCGCGAUUGUUGGGUUGCACGCGGCGUUUAGGGGAACGGAGGAUUUGUAUGCCGACGAGCAGGAAGCUGCCGAAGGUGGGUUGCUCUCGGUUGUGGGCAGUCCCCCGCGGACUCGGUACAGCGGCAUUUAGCCAAUUAGAAGAUGCUGGGUGCCAUUGGAUCCUUGCUGGGUAGAAGAAAGUUUCUCCCUUUAGAUCUGCUUUUAGGUAACAUUUCAUUCAAUCUUGAGCUGAAUUCUUCGCUUUUAGCUUUCGAAUUCGGCUGCUUAUUUUUGUUGGAUUUCAUUUUUGUAAAUGUAGUGUGAAUUGAUGACCCUAUAGAGGUUUUCUUUUAUACUUUACUUAAGCACGUAUCAGAAUCUGAUUCCUCUGGUUUCUGCCAAUAUAUAGUCUGGAUUUCAAGUGUGGUUGUUGAAUGAAUGGAAACAUUGUUAUCUUGUUGAGUUAUUGGAGUAAGGCCGUUAAUCUUUUCGAGAUUAUAAGUUUGCUUACUGUUUAUGUGCAUGUUAUGUGCUGGAUUCCGUUUGCGUAUGUAUGUGCCAAGCAGUGUUCUUUGUGGCAUAUUACUUGUAAGUUUCGAUCUUGUAGGUUUCUUGCAUUUGAAUGUGUUGCCGCCAUUUGCAUUUGAGUGUUGAUAGCUCGAUGAGUUUUUGAUACUUGAGACUGCCAUAGGACCUGUGUGAUGGAUGUUGAAGGCCGGACGGGGAGCUAAGCAUCUUCUUCCGGUAUGAACCGGCAUACCAUCCUUGGCAACUCUCUGGAUUUGGGAUGAUACAGAUGCAAUGCCUUAAUUUGGCCCACGCGACGAUAAAAGUUUUCGAAUUGGUUAUUCGAGAAGGGAAAGGGGAGAAUUAUAGCCUCCAUGAUGUAUGCAAAGCCAAUGUCUUUUAAUACAUUAUUGUGGAAUUGUUUUUGUAAGAUAAGAUUAUUGUUUUGUCUUCCCUUUUACGCACGAGAGAUUCUUACAUGUAACUGGGUGUGAGUGAGAUGGAGAGACGCGGACAAGUCCCGGUUAUACUAAUAUUUUUUCUUC